ACGCAGUCUCAUAAGCAGCAAACAUUCCUCGCGCAGCUGAGAGUGAGUGAGUUGAACAGGGACAUGAUAUCGACUGUCAGUGCUGCUCUUCCGCGCACACAACAUGGGCUCCACCGCCCAUACCACCAAAAGCAGAGCUCCAGCUCCACUGCAAUGCCCCGGACUCGGUUCUGUGUCGUGGGUCGCGUGUAUUGUUGAGCUAUUUGAGGUGUAAAAUGUGGGUGAUGGUGCUGUGGACUCAGGACAAGAUGGCAGCAGUAUGAGAUACACACAUCUACAUGCUGUGAGUUCAGUUGAAAUGUGUAAAAUGAUCGGAGAAGACCUGGAUUAUAUCUACUGUUAGUCCGUGUGAAAGGUAUGGCCUCACAAGUCUUGGUCUACCCACCACAUGUUUUCCAAACUCAUACAAGUGCCUUUUGUAGUGUGAAGAAACUCAAAGUUGAGCCCAGUAACUGUGUUUACCAUGAGAGGGCCUUCCCACAGACUUGCUUGAAUGAUAGAACCCUUGGCAUUGCUUACCCAUCGAAACUCACCGCUUCGUUUAAGACACGAGAUUCUGUGAGUGGCAGACACCCCCGGCAGGAAUUUCCAUUGCAGACGGCUGCUGUGCGCGGUGUGCGACGUCAGCAUACCACCAUAUCGGCACAGCCACAAAAAGGGGUCAUCUCGUCUCAGGAAAAGGAGUCGGAGCACCAGGAGAAAGGAAGGGGUUGCAGCAGUGGAGCUACAGGGGCAGCUGGAAGGGGUAGGGGAGAGGGAAGUGACAGUCAAGAAGGAGGAGGUGGAGGACUGUGUGAAGGUGACGAAGGUGGUGGAGGAGAGGACGAGGGUGACCAGGAAGACUGUGGAGGUUUUAACUUGCAAGACAGCUCCCACAGAUGCGGGCUGAAACGUAAGAGUGGGGAGCUGGAGAUCUUGGGAAGUGCCAUGCAGAUUGUAGAGGAUCUGUCAGUGUUACCUGCAAUGUUGCAAUCAAAUGUGGGAAACCCACCAGUUGCGGUGCCAGCAGCAGUUGGUGGAGGGCCUGCAAAGCAAGGUGGAAAUGCCGGAAACGGGGAUGGAGACUACCAGUUGGUGCAGCAUGAGUUGCUUUGCUCUUUGAAGAACACCUACGAGGUAUUAGACUUCCUCGGCCGUGGUACUUUCGGACAGGUAGUGAAAUGCUGGAAACGAGGCACCAGUGAGAUUGUGGCAGUGAAAAUCCUGAAGAACCAUCCAUCAUAUGCACGACAGGGCCAAAUUGAAGUAGGCAUCCUGGCACGCCUCAGCAGCGAGAAUGCGGAAGAGCAUAAUCUAGUGCGAGCUUUUGAGUGUUUCCAGCACCGCAGCCACACCUGUCUUGUGUUUGAGAUGCUGGAGCAGAACCUGUACGAUUUCCUCAAGCAAAACAAAUUCAGCCCGCUUCCUCUGAAGGUGAUCCGUCCCAUUCUUCAGCAGGUGGCUACCGCGCUAAAAAAGUUGAAGGCAAUGGGACUGAUCCACGCGGACUUGAAGCCUGAGAACAUCAUGCUGGUGGACCCUGUACGGCAGCCCUACCGGGUGAAAGUCAUAGAUUUUGGCUCAGCCAGUCACGUCUCCAAAGCCGUCUGCUCGACGUACCUCCAGUCGCGGUACUACAGGGCUCCGGAGAUCAUUCUUGGCCUGCCUUUUUGUGAAGCCAUAGACAUGUGGUCGCUGGGAUGUGUGAUUGCUGAGCUCUUCUUGGGCUGGCCUCUGACCCCAGGAGCCAUUGACUUUCCUCAGAUUCGCUACAUUUCUCAGACGCAGGGUCUGCCAGGAGAGCAUCUGUUAAAUGUGGCGACGAAGACAUCUCGCUUCUUUUGCCGGGAGUCGGACUCGCCGUAUGCGGCCUGGAGACUUAAAUCCACAGAAGAGCACGAGACAGAGACGGGGCUUAAAUCAAAGGAAGCCAGAAAGUACAUCUUCAGCUGUUUGGAUGACAUAGCGCAUGUGAAUCUAGUGAUGAAUCUGGAAGGCUGUGAUUUGUUGGCAGAGAAGGUUGAUCGAGCAGAGUUUGUGGGUUUGCUGAAGAAGAUGUUGUUCAUAGAUGCAGAGGAAAGAAUCGCCCCGAGUGAUGCCCUGAGCCAUCCUUUUGUUACCAUGCAGCACCUGCUAGACUUCCCCCACAGCAACCAUGUCAAAUCGUGUUUUCACAUUAUGGACGUGUGCUGCUCACGACCAGGCAGUUUUGAGUCUCUUAGUCGGACCAAGGCUCCGUUUGUCAGGACUGUCCCGAGCACUGGUGCAGCACCAAACAUUACCCUGCCCUUCUGCAAGGUGACCGGCAUUCACACUCAGUAUGAUGGUCGAGUCUGGGUUUGGUGGAUACCAGGAGAACGUUACCUGCCUGAUUGCAUUGUGCCAACUGUAAAGGCUUUAGUCUCAUCUGCCCCUUCAUUGAUCCAUGCUGGGAUACCUCUCCAGACAGGAAGUGCUCAGUUUGGUGACUCUUUCCAGCAGGCACUUAUUCUCUGUCCCCCAACCUUGCAAGGUCUCCCACCCAACCCCCAAAAAACUGCCGGAUACUCUGUGCGUAUGGAAAGUACAGUACCACUGGUGACACAAGCUUCUGCCAUCCAGCCUCUACAGAUCAGACCAGCGGUCAUUACACAGCAAGCGUGGUCAAACCGUGCCCAGCAGAUCCUGGUGCCCACCUGGCCUCAGGUGGCCCCUGCGGCGCCUUCAGCAACAACUAUGGCCUCAGAAACAGUGGCAGGUCCACAGAGACUAGCGAAUUGGGGGUUGCCUCAGCAUAGGGAUCGCCUCAUGUGGUGUCAAUUUAAACCAUCUUCAAACAGAAUUAACAACUUCAUGCACAGCACCAAUUCCCAAAACUCAUCAUGCCAGUCCCCAAAGGUGGUAGACCAUGCCAAAAACACAGAGGAGGCGGCAGCGGAUUGUGUAGUGGAGGCAGAGUCUGAGACUGUGCCAGAGGAUGAGCCUGUGUGCUGUAAAGCAGAACCAGAGUACGAGGACUCAACUGUCUCUCAGGAGCAGAGACAAACCAUUGUGAUCGCUGACUCUCCGAGCCCUGCAGGCAGCGUCAUCAGUAUCAGCAGUGGAACAGAUGAGGGGCCAGACACUCAGAAACAUUCACUAGAGUGUAAGGGUAGUCCGGAGUGUGAGGCCUGUCAGAGCACACUGAAUAUGGAGCGUGUGUGUUCCCUGAGCAGUCCCGAUUCAACCCUUAGCACCAGUUCAUCUGCUUCAGAACAGUCAAGCACCUCCCCCUGCAAGAGACCCAACAGCAUGUCAGAUGAUGAGUGUGAAAGCGGAUGUGAUACGGUAGACGGCUCGCCUGCGUCGGUGUCCUCCAGCCGAGCUUACAGCCCCUUCCUGGAGGCCACCUAUAUUAAUAACAACAACCAGAACUGCAAAACCAAUGGAACUACAGAGGCUGAGUCUACCAAACUGCCCGUGCGCACCAUGGUGGUGCCACCCAUGCGGGUUCAGAAUAAUGAGUCGAUGGGCCGCACAGAGGCAUCAUGCCCACCCAAAGGCCGCAGUGGUUACAACAGACAGCCACCCUACACGACGUUACUGGUGAAUCGCCAGCAGAAGACAGCACAGGCUUUCCCACCCUUGCAGCCCUCUCAACCACAGAUUCCCUUUGGACAGGUCCAACAUUAUGGCUCAUCCCACCAGGAGUGGAACGGCAACUACAGCCACUGCCGACCUCAGGCGUUCAUCCCACCCACUGUUCAUGGCCACACCUUCACGCUGCCUCACGGUAGUCCCACCCACUCAGCCCACCCUCCUCAAUCGCACUUGGGCGUCCACCCUCACACCCAGCCGACUUUGCUGUCCUACCCCCCUCCAGGCCCCCUGGUGACAAAUGCCCCAGUGGCCCACCUCUUGGCUUCACCUGGGUCCACAAGGAAUCACGUCUUUCAGCCAGCUUAUGGCCUCACUCAUCCGGCGGGACACCUUGUGCACCAGGUCACUGUGGGGCUCAACCGCCUCUUGCCUUCUCCAACCCUCCACCCUCAAGGCCAGUUCAAGCCUCUGUUCCCCCCACACUCCUUCAUCGCAUCACCUGCAUACGCAGGCUUCCCCCUCAGUCCCACCAAACUAAACCAGUACCCGUACGUCUGAGACUCGCUCCUCAGCCCUCUGGAGGGCCACCAACACGGACAUAACGCCAGGCUCAUUGUAGAAACCACAAACCAACUGGUUCCCGCACCCAAAGCCAUGGCACAAGAGAGAAAGGAAGCAGUUUCUCUGAAUCACGUAAACUUGACUGAGUACAAUUAAAAUGAGCUUUAAAAGAGGAAACAUUUGAAAAGUCUUUAGCAAGUAGGUAAAGAAAGUGCACGGUUGAGAAGCAAGCGAUUGGAUGAAGAAAAACUUUUUUUGCACAUUUGAUACAUCACUUUAUCAGAUUUUCAGAUCUUCAGAUUUGAGUGCUCCUCUAAUGAAUAUCAACAACGGAAGGUGUCCAAAAUCAUGUGAUGGUCAACUUAUUUUUAUACAUUGCCUUUACCUUGUAUACAACACACGUUUGUGUGUAAAGGCAGCCCUGUAUGUUGUUCACAACAUAAAAUGUGUCCACUUGUCCUGUUUUCAGUAUUUGUACUUUUCACUGCGUCUUUGGUGUCGUUUGGAAUGGAGUCUCCUAAAGGAGUCGUUCGUCACAUGCUGCAUGUGUUGCAUGAUGUUGAUCAGAGAGGAGCCUAUAGGGGCUCUUGACGUGUCUAGAGGCUCGCUGCAUUGUUGUCUCCAGCCAUAGUGCCUUAUAUAUCGGCAGUCGUUUGUGUUCUACUAUCUCUCUGUGUGUGUAUAUACAAUGUGUUUGUGUGCGUAAGUGUCCUGGACUGCAGCACUUGCAAUUCAAAUCAGUCUGUGCAUUCUUUGUGUGUGUUACACACUGGUGUAUUAUUUCAUGCAUAGAUAGACAUCAAUGUACUGCAUUGCACAAACCGCAGUGCUUAUUUUUGGAUCCAUUGUAUAUUUGAGAUGUAGUGAGUUACUUUUUGCGUUACUUCAUCAAAAGACGGCAUGCUUUUGCUGCUGCAAAUGCUUGCUGUUGGAUUUGUUCUUAUUUGUUCAUUUUGUUUUGUUAUCUUAAAUUCACUAGAUGUGUAGAGAAUACAAUGAAUUUCUAUUCAGAAAAAUCUACAAAACUAACAGUAUUUGUACUGUUUAGUUGGACUGCAAUACAAUCUAUAUAGUUUUUUGUUGUUUUUUUUUGUCUGUGUUUUUAGUUCCUUGGGUUUGCGUGUGUUUGUGUUUGCUGUGGUGGGCAUGGCUUCGACUAGAUGAAGACACAAAUGCAAAUAUCGGUCUUUGAUUCAGGGUCAUGGAUUCAUCUUAGCCUGAGCAGACCAUGCAGUAUUUGAUGUAUAGACACAUAUUAGUAUAUAUCUAAUAGAGCUAGUUUAUUUAGUGCUGAAGCUUGACACGGUGUGUUUUUAAGGUGUGCAAUUAUCAUAUAUGCAUGUGUGAAUUGAUUUUUUUUCUUAAUUAUCAUUAUAUCAUAUUUUGAAAGCUUGUUGUUGUCAACUGCAUUUUAUACAUUCCGUCAGGGAGAAAUAAAUAUAUUGUGCGUGUAUUUUUUAUAUAUAUAUAUAUAUAUAUAUAUAUAUAUAUAUAUAUAGUGUGUGCAUUUUUGUUUUCAGUUUGUUCGGCUUGGUUAGUGUGUUUUUGUCUCUCAAAUGAAGUUGCUUGUGCAUCACCAAAGACUAUAAUUUGAAGGCUCUGUUCCAAACCUAGUGAUCUGCCUAAGCAGGUGCAAUUUCAAGGCAUUGUAGUUACACUCCUGAUGCAAAAGCUGUCUGAGAUUCAUUUUAAUGGAUAUAUAUCAUUCUCCUCAACUUUAACAUUGGAAUUAAAAAAAAUAAUAAAAAUGUGAACUGUAAAAAAGAAAAAAUAAUAAUUGUGAGCAGUGUAAAGUAUUCAGCUCACCCAGAAAAAAACAAGAUGUCGGAUUAAAAUGCAAUUAUUCAUUUAGAACCAAAACGUAUCCAUUAAAAAUAGUUCAGUUUGAAUAAAAAUGGACUGUUUUACCCAGUAUUUCUGUCAUAUAAAUUAUGCUUACGAGUUAUGCUUACUACGUAUGUAAAAUGAUCUAUAUUGGCUGAGUAUGAAGACAGUAGACAACAAAGCAGCUCGUUAGGCUUUGGAACAGAGCCAUUUCUCUGAGCAAGGUAGCUACUCUUUCUGCAUAGACCUCACGUAUACUGUAGUAAUUAUAGUCAUGGGGUAAAUUUCAAAGAUUGUAUUUAAAAAAUGGCUGAGGUUAUGUUUAGCUUUUUGAGUCGUAUCAUCUAUCUUGAAUGUAUCAUAGACAAGCUGCUAUAUAUUGAUUGCCACUUCAGAUAGCUGUGAAAUUAGAUUAGACUAGUUCAUAUCUGCAUUCGUUUAUUUGUAUGGGUCUCUCUGAUUGCCUAAACUAGAAGUGGAUUUUGAUUUUGAGUAAAUAUUUUGCUUCAAUGUUUGGAGUGUCAUUGUAACUACUGUACUGCUGAUACUGGACAUUUAAAAUUUUUUUUUUUUUUUUUUUUUUUUUUUAAAUCAGUAUUGUAUCUUCAUAACCGUUCUGACUCAUCACUGCAUAUUAAUGGAUGUAUUUAACUUAAUUUUUGUAUGUUUACCUGUUUAUCUAUUUUUGACUUGUAAUAGCUUGCAGGAUUGAUUUAACUUUAUCCUAAUGAACAGUUAUUCUGCAGUGUUUCAGAUAUACAAACAUCUGUAUUUUUGUUAAAGGGAUACUCCACCCCAAAAUGAAAAUUUUGUCAUUAUUCACUUACUGCCAUGUCAUUCCAAACCCGUAAAAGCUCCAUUCAUCUU